AUCAUGUGACAAGAAUGAUAAUCAUUUGAUUUUUUCUCUUCUUCUUGUAGUUUGAUGUUUAAUAAUUCUUCAUCUAAAGAAGUAGAGCUGCCAGAUUUUCCACCGAAUGCUAUGCUGAGGCCUAAAGUACUGUCAGAAGUGUUGGGACAAGCAAAUACUGGUGGGGUAGUCAACACACUCCUGUUAAACAGUGAUGGGUCAAUAUUAUCACAUGCUGGGAGUCCAGACAAAGAUGCCAAAGUAACUGCUGCUAUUGCAUCUAGCAUAUGGUCGGCAUAUGAAAGGAAUGGUCGAUUAGCAUUUCAUAAUGAAGAUCUACAGGUGGUCUUCAUGGACUGUGAGAAUGGAAAAGUUGCUAUUGCAAAAGUCGGCAAUCUUCUUCUGUGUUUAUAUGCAAAGGAAACAGUGGGUUUUGGAAUGCUAAAARCCAAGGUGCAAGCUCUCAGAAGUUAUCUAGAAGAACCACUAAGACAAGUUGUGACCACAUGAUAAUAAAAUAAACAGAUCUAAAUUUGACAAGAAAAUAGAAUAUUAUAAGAAUCAUACUUUUCUCUGUAACUUCAAAGGCAUUAAAAUAAAGUCAAAUAGAAACAUCYUAGUUAAUAAUUCAACAAUUGGAUUUUGUAGCGAUUUGGAGAUCUAUAUCUAUAAUUGCUAAUAAAACUGUAUAGGAGUGGGUGCCUGAUCAACUGCAGACAUAUAUAUCAUGUAGAAAAAUUCACAUAUUUCAGACUCAUCCCAAAAGCACCAAGGAAUAAAAAGAUUUUUUGAUA